AUGAGGCAGGGCAAAGCCCUCGGUCCCAAAGCGUGUACAAUAAUUAAUGCUAGGAGCUAAAGCGAAGUCACUAAACCUCUCCAAGUUGUAACAAUGAAGUAAUUUGGUUUUUGGUCGUAGCGAACUACAAUAACCGAACGCGAUUCCCGCCAUUAACGAUAGCCAACUGAUUUGUUUUUUAAACUUGUGGCUGUGGUCUUUUACGCGGUAAAAAACGGAUGUCAUUUCUUUGGAGACAGCUGAAUAAAGAUUAUAGAAUUAUAUAUCGUUUACCUAAAAUUAGUUUGGAAUCCUAUGAUAAAUAUUUUCGCUCAUUUUGUAUAACAAAAGCCACAAUGCCACCAAAAAGAAAAGCAGCCACUACGAAGGUUGAGGCCGUAGCUGAUGUAGAUUUAGGAUUAGAUCCUCCAGCAUCCAAAACACGAAGAGGACAAGCAGAAGAUAAGGCGAAGAAAGCGGAAAAACGGCCUGUUCCCUCUAAAGGUAAUAAAGAAAAAGAAAAAAAUCUCCCUGAAGAGAAAAAAGUUGGUCGAGUAAAGAAGACUACCGCCACAGCUAAAGAUGAAACAACAGCAAAAAGUGAAAAAUUUGUUGAUAAAAGUAAUGACAUUGACAGCAACAUUACUAAAAGGAGAAUUAAAAAAGAAGACAAUAGUAAUGGAAUUGCAAAGGAAAAAGUUACUCAAAAAAAGAAAGAAAACCCACCAACUGAAGGGGCAAAAAAUAAGAGAACAAAAAAAGAUAGUGAAGAUAAAGUUGAGAAAUCUGCCUCAAGUAAUAGCACUGUUACUAAAUGGAAUCAAAUAGAUUUUGCAUGUACAAAGAAAAAUGGAGAAGGCCAAAAGCCCAAUUUAAAGAUAAGUUGUUGGAAUAUCGGUGGUUUGAAAAGUUGGGUAAAAAAGGAUUGUUUAAAAUAUUUAGAAUACGAAGAUCCAGAUAUAUUAUGUGUUCAAGAAACCAAAUGUAGCGAAAUGAAGUUACCAGAAGAAAUAAAAAAGUUUGAGGAUUAUAAGCAAUAUUGGUGUGCCAGUAACAAAGAAGGUUAUGCUGGAGUGGGUUUACUUACUAAAACAGAACCAAUACAAGUAUUUUAUGGUAUUAAUGUUCCCGAAUUAGAUGAAGAUGGGAGAUGUAUUACAGCUGAAUAUGAUGAAUUUUAUAUUAUAAGUGUUUAUGUACCUAAUGCAGGCCGCAAAUUAAUAACUCUUCCAAAACGAUUACAAUGGAAUACAGCUUUUAAAGAUUAUGUAAAAUCUCUUGAUGAUAAAAAACCUGUUGUCAUAUGUGGAGAUAUGAAUGUGGCUCACAAUGAAAUUGAUAUAGCAAGACCAGCAAGUAAUACUAAAAAUGCAGGUUUCACCAAGGAAGAAAGAGAAGGGAUGACAGACUUUCUUCAAGACGGAUAUGUUGAUACUUUUAGAAAAUUAUAUCCAGAUAAAACAGAUGUGUAUACCUUUUGGACUUAUAUGGCUAAUGCAAGAGCUAAAAAUGUUGGAUGGCGCUUAGAUUACUUUAUUGUAUCGGAAAGAAUAAUGGACAAAGUAUGCGACAUUGUUAUGAGAUCUGAAGUUAUGGGAUCUGACCAUUGCCCUAUUACAUUAUUUAUGAAUAUUUAGUGUUAAGUUUUUUUAUGAUUACAAACAUUUAUAUUUAAGUUAGUCACUGUUUGUUUCGUACUUUUUAGGAUGUUUUUAUUUCAAGCUCUAAAUUGUUUAAUAAAUCUUUUAUAUUGGAAAUAGUUUAGAAUUCUUUUUAUCCCAUAAGUAUUUUUCAUUAAUAAUAAACAAAUUACCUUAAUUUACCAUUUUAUAAUUAUUCUUCAGUUAAAGUAAUUUCUGAAGCUUUUUUUUUGUUUAAAUAUCUGAAGUACAAAUGAUGGGACUACAUUCAAAUAAUAGAAAGUAAAUAUAGAUCAUACGUAAAAAUAAUGAGGUUCACUUUGAGCAGCAUCACCCUUGCAUUUUAGAAUGGUUAUUUUUUUUAAUUGUCAGCUUGAGUAAUGAUGAUACCUGUAUGUAAUUUUUGUUUCUACCCUGUCUGUCUCUUUGUGUACCUACAAAAAAUUGGAAAUGUUAUUACUCUUGUCAAUAAAGGAACAGUUAGCUUAUUGGAA